AGCCUCCCAGGAAGUGGCCAGAGGGGUUAGUGUGUGGUGAAAUAGAGCUACAAAGAUGUCAUGAAGGAAACAACUGUUUAGUAAAGCAGGGGUAAACUUCUGAAAUACCUUGAUUAAAACAAGCUACAUUAAAGGCCCAAAGCCACUUCCCUCAUGGUUUUCUUUUAAACGGCUUUAAUGUAAAAUGGGCUUGAGUAACUCUAAGGGUCUCCCUAGGGUGACCAAAGUAGCACCUUUGCAAAUCAAAGAGGAAGAGACUCCCUCAGCCAGCCCUGUCGAGUUUGCAUUCAAUCAGAACCUGGAAGAAAAGAGUUCAUAUUCAUUUGCAAGACCGCAGGACCUGAAUAAAGCUUUGGAAGGGCAGCUGCCACCUCUACGGGAGACCUGGUAUGGAAGAUAUUCUGCAGUGCCCAGGGCCAUGUAUUUUGACAUCCCACUGGAACAGGGAGAAACAAGUAUUAUUAAAAGGCAUCCACCCCGAAGACUUCAAAAGCUUGAACCCGUCGACCUGCCACAAGUAAUGACUUCUGAAAGGAUCCCGAGACCGCAAGAAGCCAGGACGACUCACAAAGCAAAGGUGAACCGCGGUGAUAACCAGAUGGGGUGGCAGGAACUGGAAAAAAAGAUGCAAAUUCCAAUGUACACUUCUGGGAAAAGACAGUAUUUACAUAAGAUGCAAAUGCUGGAAAUGAACCGUAAAAGACAAGAGGCCCAAAUGGAGUUGAAGAAAAGUCACAGGGAGGCAAGAAUUAAUAAGCAGAAACUGAGGGACCAUAAAGCCAAGAAAAUCCUUCAAAGCAUCCCCAAAAAUGAUGACGGUGACUUUCUAACCUUGUUGCCUGAUGAAACCUUGAACCGAAGUCCAGGAAAUUUGCGGAAUGCAGCAUUUUUGCAGCAUCGAACAAUGAAUGACUAUUAUCCCCGGAAAACUGGCAAAAUGGAAACAUGGUUCCGUGAACAAGAGGCCUGGGGACAGCUUCUUUGGGGCAGUUCUAGCUCUGACUCAGAUGAGUUGGGGGACGUUGAGAAGAAACCACAGGCAUUGGUGAGGACCAGGACUGAGAGAAUCCCACUUUUUGAUGAGUUUUUUGAUCGACAAUAAGAAUGCUAACCUACAUAUUGAGUGCUUCAAAAGUUUGCUCUCCUGUAAAAAUUUUUCAAGUUAGUAUACAAAUUAUUCUGAGAACACCAAUGCGCUUCCUUUUCAUUUAUAGUCCUACACUUAACAGGUGUGACAUAUUUUGGUACUGAUGCUGUAUAACUAACUGCCUCAAAACAUAGGGGCCUAAAUAACAGCCAUUUAUUGUCCCACUUUUCUGUGGUUUGCUGGCCUCAGUUGGUGGUUCUUCUGCUGAUCUCUUUUCAAGUCCUUCAUGUAGCUGAAGUCAGAAGGCGGCUAGGGCUGGAGUCAUCUGGAGGCUUGAGCAGGACACUGAGACAGCUGGACCUCACUCCCUUGCAAUGUAGUCUCAGAGCCCCUUCACAGGGUUUCUCCGAGUGGUCUCUCCAGCAGAGAAUUUUUUAAAAUAUAAUCCCAGGGCUCCGAAAAGCACACGUUCCAAGAGGAGAAAGCAGAAGCUGCCAGUCCUCUUAAAGGCUAGUCAUGGAACAGGCUCUGAUCACUCUCACCACAUUCUGUUGGUUAAAGCAAGUCAUAGGUCAGAUGAUAAUCACUGAAAAAGGGCACAAAUUCCAAAGCGAGGUCCACUGGGGUCUAUCUUUGAGAUCCGGCACCGUACCAUAUUUUAAAAAAGCAAAUUAGAUCUUAUAAAACAAAGAGAUGUGAGAGUAGAUUUAAUACAAAUACAAAUGAGUUUUUAAAGGAAAGACACAGUAAUGCUACAUUAGAGACUAAGCUCACUCGAGUCACUUUCACGUGAGUUAGCAGCUUAUUAUCUCAACAGAGAAGCUAGAGGAAAGAGAUGGAAUAAUGUCAAGAUCUCAGAGUAUGAUGUAGAUCUUAGAACUCUUUAAAACUAAAAGGAAACUUAGAAAUGUUCAGUCCAAAAUUACUCCAUUGACAAAAAUUAGAUUUUUAGGUAAUUUUAAGAGCAAACUUGGGCUCUACUUCUAGCAUAAUCUAAAAAAAACUUUUAUGCCAUCCAGAAGCUUCUAAGAAUUAUUGAAACGUUUAAAACAAAGCAAAACAAAAACAUCCUUCUACAGCCUUUAGGAAACUUCCAAUAAGAAGAAAAUAGAGAUCCCUCCGCCCCGCCCCCACGCUGCCCCCGGCGAAUGAAUUUGACAUUCGGUGCAUUCGGUGCAUUCGUAUCACUCACUAAGAAGAUAAAAAAGACUGCUGUGUCAGAGGAUAAACACUCAUGUUUCUGCCAAGGCCAGAAGGCAGUUAGGUCACCCCUAGGUAUUGUCACUCCCAGUUCUUUGUGAGAAGUAGUCUUACUUUUUCUGUGGUAGGUAAAAAUUAUUUCCUACGAAGGGAUACAUAAUGGUUUGACCGGUAUGCCUUUUUAGAAAAGUAAUAUCCUUAAGAGAAAAAAUGAGUCCAAUAUAUUCAUAAUGUCCUCAUUUAUUAUCGUUCAUAUGGAAGGCUUAAAACGAAGUGGGGCAGUCAACCCCCAGCGCUGAAGAUAGCAGACCCUAAGCAUGUCUUCAUCACCCUGGUCUGUGACUUGAACAACACUGUCUUCUAGAAGCUCACUGGACUCUGAGCUACAGGAGGGCGUGGACCAUAUCACCUCCCUGUGGUAUUCUCAUUUCCUUGCAUGACAUCUGGCAAAGAGUUUAUUAUUAAAUGUUUGUUGGGUUCAUUAA